CUCUCUCUCUCUCUCUCUCUCUCUCUCUCUUAGCAGAGGAAAUUAAACAAAGCAAGCUAGAAACAAAGCAAAAGGAAACAAAGAUAUAAUGGUUGAAGCAGCAGAGCAAUCCCGAAAGUACCCGACAAUGCCAGAGGUGGUGGAAGAACUCAAGAGAAUGACGGAUAUUGGCUUCCCCAUUGCGGCCAUGAGCUUAGUGGGCUACCUCAAAAACAUGGUCCUAGUUGUAUGCAUGGGAAGGCUAGGAAGUCUUGAGCUAGCUGGUGGGGCUUUAGCCAUUGGCUUCACCAACAUCACUGGCUACUCGGUCCUUUCUGGCUUGGCCAUGGGUAUGGAGCCCCUAUGUAGCCAAGCAUUUGGCUCACAAAACUUCUCUAUAGCAUUCCUCACUUUAAAAAGAACCAUUCUCUUAUUACUUCUCACUUCUCUUCCUAUUGCUCUCCUUUGGGCCAAUCUUGAACCUCUCAUGCUCCUCCUCCAUCAGAACCCUGAUAUCACAAGAAUUGCAAGCUUGUAUUGCCAAUUUGCCAUCCCUGAUCUAAUAGCUAAUAGCCUUCUCCACCCUAUACGCAUUUUUUUACGUAGUCAAAGCACAACAUGGCCAUUAAUGUGGUGUACUUUACUAGCAAUUGUCCUACACCUUCCCCUCACCAUCUUCUUAACCUUCACUCUUUCUCUUGGGGUCAAAGGGAUAGCUAUUUCUAGUUCUCUCUCCAACUUCAUCACUCUCUUCUUCUUUUUGGGUUACAUGGUCUAUGCUCAUGUCCUAAAAGAGCGUAAGUAUUGUUGGCUAUUGUCCACUACAAAUUCUGAACCAGCACCGAUAUUGUCCCAACCAAUAUUACCCAAAAAUUUGGUACCGACCGAGCUAGGGGCUGAUCAAUGGAGGAUGCUAAUUCGACUCUCUAUACAAAGUUGCCUAGCAGUUUGUUUAGAAUGGUGGUGGUACGAGUUCAUGACACUUCUAGCCGGUUACCUUCACAAACCUCACAUUGCCCUUGCAACGUCAGCCAUAGUGAUACAAACCACAUCUCUCAUGUACACCUUGCCAACAUCACUAAGUGCAUCGGUGUCAACACGAGUAGGCAACGAACUCGGGGCGGGCCAACCAAAAAAGGCACGUUUGGCGGCAGUGGUGGCGGUGGGGAUGGCCCUAGUGAGCUCAUUGUUGGGCUUGUCGUUGACCACCUUAGGAAGAGAGACAUGGGGGAGAAUCUUUACUAAGGAUGGUGAGGUUUUGGAGCUGACCAUGGCUGUGCUGCCCAUAAUCGGACUAUGUGAGCUUGCUAAUUGUCCACAAACUACAAGUUGUGGGAUUUUGAGAGGAAGUGCUAGGCCGGGUAUCGGGGCAUGGAUUAACUUUUACUCAUUUUACAUGGUGGGUGCUCCUGUGGCAAUAGUCAUGGCGUUUGUUUGGAGACUAGGGUUUCAAGGGCUUUGUUAUGGACUUCUAGCGGCUCAAAUCACAUGUGUGAUUUCCAUAUUAACAGUGGUACACAAGACAGAUUGGGAGAGAGAAUGGCUCAAAGAGUAGAGAGUUUGUGGGAAGGAGUAAGAGCAGAGUGGCUGCAUUUCCACAUGCAGAUGAAACAGUCAAAUGUGAAGAGGGUACGUUGCAAAAUUAGAACAUUUUGAAAGGUGAAAGGAAUUCGUGGAAAACCGAACAGUCGGGUUGAAUGUGAAGAGGCUAGCUCCAUGUUGAAGUUUCUAAGAGAAAAAAGCAGAAUCUUGAAAAAAGUGAUGAAAAUGAUUUUGAUGAGGAAAGAAAUUAGUAAUUUACAUUAAUUCUGAUUUGAAUAGGACGACCUCAAAUUUAUAUUU